AUGGCGACCUCCGAGACCAUCCGGAACGAGCUGCGUCGGCAGUGUGUCUUCCGGGACUUCUAUCGAAGCCUCUCUCCGCGCAUUCUAAAACACCAUCAAUGGGUGGUCCUCAAGCGCGAUCACGCCGAGAUCGUCAUACAGCGGGCAACGGAGGCGUUGCUUUUGUGGAAGGAGACAUGGCAGUACGCGGCCCCAGACCUUCUCAACAUGGGCGAAGGCUGCAGCGACGAAUCAGUGCCGGGAACUGCACUGCUCCUGGACCUAGAGAAGACCGAGCGCAGUACAGGGAACACGUGGGUUGACUUAAGCCGUUUAGGGGUGGAGCAGCAGUGCUUAACAUAUGUGCUUUGGCGACAUUGUUUCACGGAGUCGCGCUUGGACCAUUCGGAGAACAUUGCCAAAGAUCUAGACAUUGUGAUGAAGCAUGGGAAGUUCCGCAUGCUCACAGACCGUGAGUUCAACUUCUUCAAAUCAGCCUUGAAGCGUGAGCUCAAUGGAUACCCUGCAGUGUUUGACACUCUGUCCAUCGAGUAUCUCUGGAAGCUCGUGCAGGAAGGCUUCAUGUUCGCUCGCAAAUUCGUGAAAGAGCUGCGCGUCACGGUGGGGAAUGGCAACUUUCCACUUGCUGAAGUGCUCCCUGCCUUGUGGGAUCUUGUUGAUGACUUCAAUGCCUCUCAAAGGAUUUGGACACGGCUUUCGACGGAAGGUAAGCCAAGGCGUGUAUAG